CUGCUUUAAUUUAUUUUUUCUCAUGAGUUCUACAAGCAAGAAGAACAAACAUAUGCCAUGUUCAGCAUGUAAGUUUCUUCGUAGACGCUGCACUCAGGAUUGCAUUUUCUUGCCUCACUUUCCUUCUGCUGAACCACAAAAGUUUAUUGCUGUUCAUCGCAUUUUUGGUGCUAGCAACAUCAACAAAAUUUUACAAUUCUCUGCUUUGUAUAUUGGCAUUCAUUUUGAGCAGGAGACACCAGCGGAUAAUAGAGAAGAUGCAGUGAUUAGCAUGGUUUAUGAAGCUACAGCAAGACUCAGAGAUCCAGUUUAUGGAUGUGUGGGCAUCAUUUCUGCCCUCCAGAAACAUGUCUUUCACUUACAAUCCGAGUUAAACGAAGCUUUAGCUGAAGUAAUGUCUCUUCAAACCCAGUUAUCCGAUGCUUUAUCCUUACCCUCUCUGAUUGAAGGUUCUCCAAUCACCCCCGAGAACCAUGAGUUUCUCCAUUUCCAGAAGCCGAGUGAGCAAAAUGCAUAUGCUAAUGCCUCGGACGCCUUGCUUCUACUUCCAGAAGCUGCAGAUCACUACUGUCUCCAAGAAACUGAAGUUCUUCAACUGCCUUACUUGGACAUAUAGUUUUCUUGUAUGGACAACAAAAGACUGUCAAUAUUUGCCUUCAAUUCAACACCUUGGGAUUUAGUAAAGGCAAUGUUCCAAAGCUGCAGAUAUACUAGUUUCUUCAAGCUUUGAACCUCUGAAUGAAAAAGGAUUUUAAGUAAUAUACACUGACAACAUAAAAGUUGUUUACACUAUCAGUGCAAUUUAAUGCUUUUCAGAACAAACUUUAUAAAGCUGGUCAGUAGAGCAGUUCAAUAACCCACGAACUGCAGCUGAUUCAUGAAAUUAUGCGCUAUCUGUACUGCACGAAACUGAAAUCAAUUAACUGUCUGAUGACAAUUUCCAACAAAAUGAAACUAUGAAAGAAAGGUCUCCGCAAAGUACUUGUAAAAGACCUAGACAUUCAAGUCGAAUAAAACCUUCCAGCAGGAUUAUAGUCAGUAUCAUUAACUGAUGUUAUCGUAGAGAGAACAAUACAUUCAAGAUCAUUGAUAUAGCAUCAAUAUCAAGCAUCAAUACUGCACACAGUUCAAUUAACACCUGUAUGAUGACAAUUUCCCACAAAAUUAAACUAUGGCGAAAGC